AUGAAGUCCGGCUCCGUCCCUAGGCCCUCGGCUCUCGACCUGGUCUUCACGUCCGUGUCAGCGACGACAGUCUCCAGCAUGGUCGCCGUCGAGAUGGAAUCCUUCUCCAACUCCCAGCUCCUCCUCAUGACCCUCCUGAUGCUCCUCGGAGGCGAGGUGUUCACAAGCAUGCUUGGUCUCCACUUCACCUGCACCAAGCUCAUCAAGAAGAGAGAGACACCUCAUAGUAAUAAUAGUCUCAAUGGUAAUAUUAAUGGGCCGCCACCGGCAUCUAGUAGCUUAGAGCACAGUCGCCGUCGCCGUCCCAUGGAGAUGGAAGCCCAGGCCGCCGCCGUCCAAAUGGAGCUAGCAGGGUUCAACAAGGAUUUCGCAUCCAUGGCUAGGCUGCUAAUGUGCAUCGUGCUGGGCUACCUCUUGGUGGUGCACCUCGCCGGCUACACGCUCAUACUAAUCUACCUCAGCGUGGUCGGCAGCGCGAGAGCAGUGCUGGUUGGCAAGAGGAUCAGCCUGAGAACCUUCUCCGCCUUCACGGUCGUCUCGACGUUCGCAAACUGUGGGUUCGUGCCAACGAACGAGGGGAUGGUGUCCUUCAAGUCCUUCCCGGGCAUGCUCCUCCUCGUCAUGCCGCACAUCCUCCUCGGGAACACGCUCUUCCCCGUCUUCCUCAGGCUCUCCAUUACAGCGCUCGAGAGGGUCACCAGGAGGCGAGACCUCCGCGAGCUGCUGAAGGACGGAGGACCCGGCGGCGGCGGACCAGCUGCCGCCGCUAUAGGCUACGACCACCUGCUGCCUGGAGCCCGCACAUGGUUCCUGGCUCUCACCGUGGCGCUGCUGCUCUACUGCGCCAUGGAGUGGGGCUCCGAUGGGCUUCGUGGGCUCACCGCUUUCCAGAAGCUCGUUGCGGCGCUCUUCAUGUCCGUCAACUCCAGGCACUCCGGCGAGAUGGUCGUCGACCUCGCCACCAUGUCGCCCGCCAUCGUCGUGCUCUAUGUGCUCAUGAUGUAUCUACCGCCUUACACCACAUUUUUGCCCGUAGCGAUGGAAGACCAGCAGCAGCAGCAAAAUGAGGCACAACCCGACGACAAGAGCAAGAGCAGCAGCAGUAUUAGCAUCUGGCAGAAGCUGCUCAUGUCGCCGCUCUCGUGCCUUACCAUCUUCAUCGUCGUCAUCUGCAUCACCGAGCGGCGGCAGAUUGCUCACGACCCAAUCAACUUCAGCGUCCUCAACAUCGUCAUCGAAGUCAUCAGUGCGUAUGGCAACGUGGGAUUCAGCACCGGGUACAGCUGCAGCAGGCAGGUGACGCCCGACGGCAGCUGCAGGGACGCGUGGGUUGGCUUCUCCGGCAAGUGGAGCAGGGAAGGGAAGCUCACGCUCAUGGCCGUCAUGUUCUACGGCAGGCUCAAGAAGUUCAGCAUGCAUGGGGGUCAGGCAUGGAAGCUGGGUUAA